ACCGAAGGAAAGCAUCAGUGGCUCCCGAACUACAGAACCGAUCAGAGUGCUUUUUGUUUAACGAACUAAUAGCUGAGUUCGAUUCUUUGUACUAGUGCAUUGUUCUAAAGUAUUUUGGAAUCAUAAAAUCGUAAUGACGGUUUUGAAAAAUACAUAUAUUUUGUUGGCAUUAAUCAUUUUUUCCAAUGCCGCUUCUAUUAAAGCGAAUGAAAAAGAUCAACAACAUUUGGAAGCUAAGCCACAAUUUUUCGACCACAAUAAUGUCAAAGGAGCCGUUAACUUUGAACACGCAAACCGCGUAGGAAAUAACCAAAUUCGUGAGCAAAUCCGUACACCAAACUAUGCUGCGGUCCAGCAACCACAAAGACCCUAUCCGUCAUCAAGAUAUCGACAGGAUGGUGCAGUACAGUCGGACAUCCCAGCUGGUGCUUUACUAUCUCCCGUCGGUGAAAAUGUUGGUGGACUUCUUGGAGGUUUGGUUGGAGGAUUGGUUCAAGGAUUAGGUUUGGGACUUGGUUUGAAUUUACAGCGACCCAACUCCAACCAGUGCAACUCUUAUCCAAAUGGAGCUUACUAUAACUGUCACAGUUGCUGCCGGAAAGAAACCCCGAACUGCGUUGGUUCAAUCCCAACUAUCUACAUGUCGAGAAUCGUCAACGAAGGACUGAACUGGGAACAUUUGCAGGACCAGCCCUGGGUGGCAACCAGGAAAACCCAGGAUGAUGCUAACAUGUACUGGUUGUAUCCACAGCAGUUUGCCAACCUGAGAGCUGGAAGCAGUCCAGAUUUAUUCAACAGUAAUGCUAUAUUUGAACAGAAACAUCAGUCUUAAGCAGCUAUUACACGAAGCAAAUAUUUGCUAUUUUUGGUACAGAUUUUUAUUUGCACAAAAUAAAAUCCGUACCAAAUAUAGCAAAUAUUUGCUUCGUGUAAUACCUGCUUUAGAUGUACCUUUUGCCGUUUCGGCAGUAAUUCUUUAAAUAAAUAAAC